AUGAAGGAGCUACACCUACCGAUCACAGCAUCCAUAUACUGGACCGAUUCAACUACUGUCCUGAGAUACUUGAAAAAUGUGACGAAACGCUUCAAGUCCUUUGUCGCUAACAGAAUCUCAGAGAUCCUAGAAACAACCAACUCAGACCAGUGGCGAUACAUCCCAACUCAUCUGAACCCUGCAGAUUGCUGCUCACGCGGUAUGAAGGCUGCAGCAUUGUGCGCAGAUGAGCAGUGGAAAACAGGCCCAACGUUUCUGAGACAAGAAGAAGAUACCUGGCCUCGACUAGAUGACCACAGUCCAUUGAAAGAUGUAGCUGCUAAUGAUCCGGAGGUGAAGAAUGUCAUAAAUGCUGUCACAACCAAAUCGGUGGAGCAGAAUGAUGGAAACGGUGUGACGCCGAAGGUCAUGGAUUUGACCCCUCUAGUUAAUCCAUUACACUACUCAUCAUGGCACAGACUUAUCAUGAGGACAGCUUGGCUGAAUCGGGCAAUCUGCAACUUAGUCUCAGUGAUCCCACGCUUCAAAAUGAAACCCAUCAGAGAUGUCACAGUCACAGUAAGCGAAUAUCAAGGAGCCGUGCAGUUUUGGAUCCGUUCAGCCCAACAUGAGAUGUUUCCAGAUGAAAUUGGAGCCUUAGCCAAUCAAGAAGCAGUUGGCGAGAAAAGCCAAUUAGCACCACUGACACCAUGCUAUGAUGAAACCCUACAAGUCCUCAGAACUAUCAACAGGCAUAAAAUACAUCGGUUACAGAUUCUACAGUGGCGCAAGCAUUCAAUCAAGGGUUUUAUACUAGUUUGGUAA